GCAUCUUCUUCUGUCCUAACCCAUAUGAAAUCAACGUAUAAGGGAAAAGUUAGUCAGGCUAUUACAAAUCUAAAAGCUGGUAAUAAUCAAUUAGAAUGUAAAAGGGAAAAGAUCUUUCUUGGACAUCGAGAUGGUAUAUGGGAAGUCAAGUGUACAGACUAUGCUAAUAAUGCUAUCCUUGGAACUGCAUCAGCAGAUCAUACAGCUUGUAUAUGGGAUAUAGAAAGUGGUCAACGUCUUAUUCAAUAUCAAGGCCACGAAGGAUCUGUUAAUUCUAUUCGUUUCCAUGAGAACGAACCAUUAGUGUGUACAGGAUCUGGUGAUUCAUCUGCUCAUAUUUGGAGAAUCAACCUAGGCAAUUUUCACGACUUCAUCUCUACAGGAAAUUUAAAUACAGAUGAAGAUCUAAUGAAUAAUAACUAUGAAGGUACGCAAAUCCGUUCAGCCGAUUCCAGCAGUGGUUAUGUUAUUAGAAACUCUAUAUUGCAACUCCGCGAUCAUAGUGGUGUGGUUACGACGGCAGAUUGGCUACUAGAUGGUGAUCAAAUUGUAACUGCAUCUUGGGAUAGAACGGCAAAGUUAUGGGAUGUUCAUACCGGUAUGGUUAUUCAAACGUUGACAGGACACGAAGAAGAUAUUACUUAUGCAGCUACACAUCCCACUCAAAAUCUCUUGGUUACAUCAUCAAAAGAUACAACAUUUCGAUUAUGGGAUUUCAGAAGCUCUUCUAUUCAUUCAGUGAAUGUUUUUCAAGGCCAUUCCAACACGGUUACUUCCUGUGUAUUUGCCAAAGAUAAAAUUGUUAGCGGCAGCGAUGAUCGUACAGUUAAGGUAUGGGAUUUAAAAAACAUGCGAUCACCAUCCGCAACUAUGAGAUUAGAUUCUGCUGUUAAUAAACUUUCAGUUUCAAAUAACGUUAUUGCCAUUCCACACGAUAAUCGUCAUAUACGAUUAUACGACCUAAAUGGCAAUCGCAUAGCUCGCCUUCCACGCAGCAAUGGUCAAGGUCAUAAACGGAUGGUAUGUUGUACAGCUUGGUGCGAAGAUGACAAUGCGCCCUGUAAUCUAUUUUCUGCAGGCUUUGACCGCAAAGUUAUUGGCUGGAAUAUCGAUAUGCAAAACGGCAACUCAUGA